AAAAAAAAAGAACAAAAUAUCAUCGAUAAUCAUAAUAUAUAUGUGAAUCCAAGUGACUUCUUUCGCCUUAUUUGGCAACUUCUCGUUAUGCAGGUUACUCUUUCCUUUUGGUUUUAAAUAGUUAAAGUAGAAAAACAGAUAUGCCAAGGCGGGAUUCCAUGCGAAGGCUCUCUAUAUUAUAUAGAAAAUGUGUGAGCGUAAAAAAUGUCAUUAGUAGCCUUUGCGACAGCCUUGACUGUGACUUCUUCAUUGGCUGAAAUAACAAAUAAAAGCAAAAACAAAAACAGACCAUAAACAAAGACUUCUUCUCUAACUCGCAUCUCAUCUUAAGAUCUCUCAAGUUUCUUGCUACUUUUCCGUAUAGCCGGAUCUAACCAUGGCAGACUGGUCGUUGCUUCCAAAAGACUUGCUGGAACUAAUCAGUGGUCGUUCUCAGACAUGUUUUGAGAUUGUUCACUUCCGCUCCGUCUGUAGCUCGUGGCGAUCAGCCAUACCUCGGCCAAGCUAUAGGCUCGGAUUAGGCCUUAACAGCCUUCUCACUGUUUUCAAUCACGAGCCUCGGUUCGAAAGUCAUACGCAGUGCAUACUAAAAAGGAUUGCAGUUUUCCUCUUCAGAUUCCAGACUCCCUUUGGUACUGACUUUCUGUUGAUUGAAGUGACCGACGGAGAAUCAGGUGAACAGAUAUUGAUGUCCCCUUUUCAAAAUAGUGCUUGGAGAUAUAAAGAUGUGACAACACUCAACACUCUAAACUCUCAAAUCAUCCCAUUGGGUUAUUAUUACAAGAUAAACUUCUAUGCUAUAACAACUAUACGCCAUAGAACACGAAGUGAGAGUUAUACCAAGAGAGUUGCGUUUCUUCCUUUGGACGGUAAAGAAUUUGCAGUAGUGGCUGGAGUGUUGGGGGAUUUAAUGAUGUAUAGAAGCUGUGACAAGGGCUGGACUAAACUCGAGGGUAGGUUUACAGCAUAUCGAGAUAUGGUUUCAUUCAAAGGCAAAUUUUAUGUUGUUGAUAUGAGUGGACAAGGACAUGUUUUUGUUAUCGAACCCUCAUUUCAAAUUACUGAUAUCCAAGCAGUCACAUUGUCUCCCGAGACUUAUGAUGACAGACUUGUUGUCUCAGGAGAUGAGCUCUUCCUGGUGCAGAGAUUAACUCUAGGAACGUAUUUUAAUGAAUAUAAGCAUUCGUGGUUUAGAUUGUUUAGGCUUGAAGAAGAAGGCCAGAGGAGAUGGGUUCGCAUUAAUGACAUAAAGGACCGAGUGGUGGUUCUUGGUUGUGACUGGAGUCUCUGCUGCUCGGCGAAAGAGCUUACCGGUAUGAAAGGAAACUCCGUUGUGUUCAAUGAACCGAAGUUUCGCCGUGAGAGUAUCUUUGUGUUUGAUUUAAAAACAAUGAAGACCAGUAAUGCUUUUACCGAAUGCAGAGGCUAUAUGUUCGGCGAAAAUCGACAGUCUUUGUUGUCCUGCGGAAUUCUGACGCACCGAAUCCCGCAGACGGUUCUAUUUCAUGCGAGUCAACCGGUUAACCAAAGUAAACCAAUGUUUUGGAGUAGGAAGAGGUGGUCUUAUAAUUGUUUCUAAGUUAGUGGAUUUGUCCUUCCACUAGUGACGUGUGAUAGUAAUGGCCAUUGGUAGUUACUUUGUCUUCUUCUGUAUUUAUAGACAUGGAUGUAUUUGGAAUGGGGAAUGAAAAAGAAAAUUGCAAUAACUUGUUGCUUAAGACUUUGGGACCUAUUAAUUGGUAUCAGAGCAAACUCUCUUAACUCUGAGGAGGAGCUUUAAUUGGCAUCAAAGCAAAUUUUGGUCUCGAUC